AUGGGGAACAUAUCACCCAGAGGUAUCCAGGCCACCAACAUGGUCUUCUCCUCCUGGGCCUUAGUCUUCUUGGCCAUAGGAAUCAUCAUGGAAGAAUGGGUUGAACUGACAUUGGAAACAAAGAAAAAUACAGUAAGCCACAGUCCCUGGAUAUGUUGCACUACUCUUUGGCCAGAAGAUGGCCUGGAAGUGGUCAGGACCAUGAUGAUUUUGGUUCUCAUCCUUUCCUUCAUCCAUAACUUGUCUGGGUUGGAAUCCACCUACCUGAUUCCUCAAACUAAACAUACCCUCUUCAUCGCUGUCUUCCUCAGUUUCUUUACAGGUCUCCUUCUGCUCUGUGCACUCCUAAUGUAUCACCAAAAGCUAAGUCAAGGUAAAUCCGUGUACUACUGCAGUUACAAGAUCACCUGGAUCAUUUUCACUGCCUACUUAAAUGUCUUCCUCUUUGUGGCCUCUGGAGUCCUCUCUCUCCUACAGUACAAACAAUCCAUCAAGAGCUUUGCCUGCCUGACCAUCCUCCGUACAUCCAGCAGAGAAAUUAAGGACAGACAGGAGUCUGAGAGUUCUAUCAAAGUUAUUUCCUUACCAGAACAGCCCGCAAUGCUUCGUAGUAUCGUUCACACAAAGGAAGAUUUUCCAAACAGAGCACACAUCCAAACACGUCGUGUAACCUGGGCUGUAUGA